UCAAAAUGCAAGUAGAUAAAUAGGAACCGCUACAGCGGGAAGGUAAACAGCGUUUCCAUGUGCUGCUCUGGUUGCCAGAAGCGGCUUUGUCAUGCUGGCCACAUGACCUGGAAGCUAUACGCCGGCUCCCUCGGCCAAUAAUGCGAGAUGAGCGUGCAACCCCAGAGUCGGUCACGACUGGACCUAUGGUCAGGGGUCCCUUUACCUUUAUAUCACGGUGGCAGUUAAACAAACAAACAAACAUCCUAGAAUCAUAGAAUCACAAAAUUCUGGAGUUGGAAGGGACCAUGCAGGUCAUCUAGUCCAACCCCCUGCAAUGCAGGCUUCUUUUGCCCACGCUGUGCCUCGAACUCGCAACCCUGAGAUUAAGAGUCUCACGCUCUGCUGAUGGAGUUGCCAUUGGCAUCCGUUUGGCAGACUAGAAGAGUUCAAAGAAUGUCAACAGUGUCUAUUGAAGUAUUCCCAUAUUUGUAACUGAGGGGGAGGUGUUGCUUUCAGAAGUUGGGGUUACCGGUAUAUCCAAUGCUAGUCCAGACCCCAUCUGCACUAAACAUUUAAAGCAGUAUCAUGCUACUUGAAACAGUCAUGGCUUCCUUCAUUCUUGGGAACGGUAGUUUGUUACGGGUGAUCAGAGCUGCUAGGAGACCCCGAUUCUCCUCACAGAGCUGUAACUCUCAGAGGGGUUUAACAGUCAAUCCCUCUUCCCAGGGAACUCGGGAUUGUAGCUGCUUGAGGGGAACAGGAGUCUCCUAACUCUCAGCACCCUUGACAAACUAAAUUUGAAGUGCUGUGGCAGUGCUUCAAGUGUAUUGAACAGAUGGGACCAAAGUUAAUGAACAUGACUAACUUCUGUUUAAGCAGAUGACUAACUUAGGUCCAGGAAUUUCACUGGGUGUACUAUGAGCAGAACCUGGUUCGAUACAACCUCGAGAUCUUCUACUUAUCCUUUUCUUCUGCUUGUAUUAUUGUGCUACAGUUUCAAACGAGCCGUUCUACCUUCCAUGGGACUUUUUAAAAAGCUGCACAGGUAUGUGUUGUCGUCGUCCUCCAGGUAUCUCGACUCGGGAAUGCUCACCUGAUGUGCUGUGCCUAAUAAUAAAAUGUUAGGUGUGCGCCGUCACUCUUAUUAAUGCAAAGCAGUUCCGGUGCUGAACGGCGUAGCUGCGUAGAAACAGGAAAUAAGAGCAUUUGAAAGUCCCGGUUAAAAAUAAAACCCAGAUUGCCAGCCUUGCUGUACACUUGACAAAGCUGCUUGCCGCCUCGCAAGCCGAAGCGAUGGCUCUCCCCUUCCGAAAAGACUUGGACAAAUACAAGGACCUCGAUGAGGAUGAACUCCUGGGCAAGUUAUCGGAAGAAGAGUUGAAACAACUGGAAACCGUCUUGGAUGAUCUUGAUCCAGAGAAUGCACUGUUGCCCGCAGGGUUCCGGCAAAAGGACCAGACUUCCAAAAAGCCCUCCGGUGCUUAUGACAGGGAGAAACUUCUUUCGUAUCUGGAGAAGCAAGCGCUGGAGCAGAAAGACGUUGAAGAUUGCGUUCCGUUCACCGGAGAAAAGAAAGGGAAAGUGUUUAUUCCAAAGCCAAAGCCAGUACAGUCUUACACGGAAGAAAAAGUGAGUCUUGAUCCUGAACUGGAGGAAGCAUUGACAAGUGCUACAGACACUGAACUAUGUGACAUUGCAGCUAUCCUGGGAAUGCACAACUUGAUAAGCAACUCUCAGUUUUGCGAUAUUGUGGGAAGUAGCAAUGGUGUCGCCAAUGAAAGCUUCUCAAAUGUGGUCAAAGGCGAAAAGAUCAUGCCCGUCUUCAACGAGCCACCAAAUCCCACAAACGUAGAGGAGAGUUUGCAAAGGAUUAAAGACAACGAUUCGCGCCUUGUUGAAGUCAACUUGAACAACAUAAAGAACAUUCCUAUUCCAACACUGAAAGAAUUUGCCAAGGCAUUGGAAACAAAUACUUACGUGAAGAGCUUCAGCCUUGCAGCUACUCGGAGCAAUGACCCUGUUGCUGCCGCUUUUGCCGACAUGUUGAGGGUGAACAAAACACUGAAGAGUCUAAACAUUGAAUCCAACUUCAUCACCGGUGUGGGAAUAUUGGCAUUGGUUGAAGCGCUCAAGGAGAACGAAACCCUGACCGAAAUAAAGAUCGAUAACCAGAGGCAGCAGUUGGGGACCCCUGUAGAAACAGAGAUCGUGAAGAUGCUCGAGGAGAACACUAAGAUCCUCAAGUUUGGAUAUCACUUCACACAGCAGGGACCGCGUGCCAGAGGAGCGGAUGCAAUUACGAAAAACAAUGAUUUGGUUCGCAAAAGAAGAGUGGAAGGAGACCAUCAAUAAACCUUGCCGACUGCCAGAUGUGUGUGGCAUGGAGAAUUUGGAGCUCCUCCAGGUGCAUCUGCUUAGAUGGUUUCUUCGGCAACCUCAAGAUUACUUCUUACCUGGGUAGAAGGGAAAAGACUGGAAUCGCCAUUCCUCCUGUUGUCGGGUGUUCUGUUUUUGUGUGUCUGUGUUGUAAAUGUAUAUUUGUAUGCGUGAUAUCCAACGCAUGUAUGUUCAAAGCCUUGUAACUACAUCUGCCCAAGAUCCAUUCUUGAACAGCCUUUUAUUUCAGAACUUGAGUGUGUGUCUUCCACAAAGAUAAGUACCAAUUCUAGCAUCUGCGGAGUAUCUGCAUGGCAUGCAGUCAAGGAUCAGCAGAUAGUUUUAAACCCACAAGGAGCAAGUUUUCACGCAGGAAACCCGGAGUCCUUAUUUAAAAUACGGACUCCAUAUUUUUAGAAAACAAUUGUUUUGCGUAGGGUGGGGGAGAGAAAGAUACCCUUCCAAGAAAAAACAAAGGACUUUGACCACUUACUUCAACUUUGUAUGGGAUGCGGAUGAAUCGCUGCUUCUGGAGUUAGUCCUCUGUUUCUUAACAUGCUUUGACCAUGUAGAAUGCUUUCUUGAUAUGGAGAUUUAAGCUUGAAACUUCUUUUUAUAAGAGAUUAUUAUCCCACUUUUAAGGGCUGCUUCUACUCUUUUACCUCAUUGGAGGUAAGUUAAGCAGACAGAAAUGGAGAAUGGUAUUUUAAGCCCACAGCCUUUGCAAUAUCUGGUGUUUGGUUGGCUUUCUUUUCUGUCAACUUACAGAACAUGACAUUUUGGCACCUUUUUUCUGUUAUGUCUGAACUGGAUGUAUUUAUAGACCUUUUGGUGUUUUUGUUUCAUCCGCGUCAUGUUGUUAUAUUCCUUGGAAUCUGUGUGUGUGUGUGUGUGUGCGCGCACACACACACACACACUCUUCAGUGAGUCAUAGCACAGCAUCAAGUAGCGGUCCUCUGGUAAGCUGUUUUGUAUAGGCCAAAACACAUGGCAACCAAGUUUUAUGCUCUUUGGCUGUGAGUUCUGACCAAUGUGACACGGCACGUUUUUAGAAACUUUAGGCUUUCUGUACUUACCAGCACCCACAGACAACUGCUGUGGCCUUGCAGCCUCUGAGCACCACAUCAGGGCCCACUUUCACCGAUGCCUCCCGUAGGCCACCAUUUUAAAUUACCCACAAUGCCCCAGGGCAGCCAACGGAGCAUCACUUGGGCAUUGUGAGGAAUUAAAAUGGCUCCCAGUUGGGCAUCACCACUUUUAGUUUCCCACGAUGCUCUGGGGCAAUGCAUUGACUGCUCUGAGAUGCUGUGGGGAUUUUUUAGUGGAGCCUUCUCAGUUGUCCAACCUUGCCACUAGGGGUUCGCUGACUUAAAAUACCAAGUGGUAUUUUACUGAGCCCCCACCCCUGGCUCUAGCCCUUACUCUGCUACAUCCAUCAUGUGCAUAGGAAUUUGUUUUAUUCUUUCCUAUUUCUGCUGCAGCUGGCAGCUUGCAAGUAAAAUCCAGUUUUCAAACAUCUGUUAAUAACAACAAACACUUUUAACCUUACAACAGCUACAACUAACAGGAUGGUUUUGUGACUCGAGGUUGGUUCCUACUGUGAAGUAAGGACCGUGUUAAUGCCACUAUGUUAAUGCCUGUUGCUGACUUACAGCUCCAGUUUCACGUAGCAUGGGGAACAAUAAUGCAUACUGGACACAAUCCGUCAAGCUUCUCUUAUGCAAACCCUGAUAAAAGUCAAUGGAGCGCAAGCAAUAGUAGCAUAUGGAAUAGGAUUCACAGAGUAAACUCCAGGUUCAUUUUUUUAGUUCAGGGUUCUAUCUUUAGCAAAACUAGGAAACAACUCUGGCCAGGUUUGUUCUUGUUUUCCUUCAUUUUUCUGACAUCUUUUGACUCUUUGAUUUGAUGAGUGCAAAACUAAAUGGCACAGAGCAGAGCAUCAGGCCAGGACACAAGCAUUUUGAUUAAAGUUGCAGGAUAUAUGUAUAUGUAUAUGUAUAUGUGUAUAAUCACUUGGUGCCCAACUCUGAUGUGCUCUUUUUAACAUCAUUGUCUCUCUGAAUAUGGACCAUGACUGCAAACAUUUUACCUUAAAGGAAGUUGUGUUGAAAUCAGUGAUACGUUUUUCCGAGCCAGUGCACUGAGAACACCAAAGCUAAAGUUGUGUGUUUCUGUAGGGCAGUCAUCCUAAAACAGGUGUCUUCCUGAUGUUAGGACUACUACUCCCAUCAUCCACGAUAGUGAAGGGCUGAUGGGAGUUGUAGUACAUACUAUCUGGAGGCUGCUAUAGGGCAGAGGUUUGUUUGCUUUUUUGCAUUGCAUCUUGAUGCAGAGACUGCAUUAAAGAAACCAUAUUAAUAUGUUUGUUUCUGUUGGCACUUAGGUGUGUAAAACAGAAACGUGCAUUUUUUAAAACAAUUUUGGGAAACAAAUCCAAAUCUCUUUUCUCAUUUGCAAAGCUUUAAAACAGUCCCAACAACAAGAAAUAAAAUGGGGGGGGAGGUAGUUGCCUCUGUAUAAACAUAUGCAUUUUAAAAGUUUCAGUGUGUAAAUACGAUGCACCUAUUUAGUAGAAGAUAGUGUAGAUUUGUUUUGAAAAAUCAAAAGAUUAAGUAGCUUUAUCUCCCCCUUUUUUUUUCUCUCUUGGCAAAAUGCCUGUCAGGUUUACAGCCUGCCAGGUGGCUGAUACACCCAGUUUAGUUUUUUAUUGGGGGGGGGGGGGCUUCUGAAACAGCCUGCUUCAGACAUAUGGAGAGCCACAAAACAGGACUGGCUUUUUAGAAGAGAGCUGAGGCUGCAAACUGGCAGGCUUUAUUUAGAGGUGGUUUUUUUCCCCUUAGAGAAUGUGCUCAAAUCAUCUGCAUGCAUUUUUUAUAAAAAAAAAAUCUAUCUAUUAAGACUGCAGCCCUGCACUUCCUUGGGUACUUGGCUCACACAAGCCACAUUGCAUGGGCAGGAAUACCCCAGGGGUGUUUUUCAACAAGUGGGGCUAUACUAAGUUAACCAAAACGUAGUAAUAAAUACUUGUACAGUAUUGCAUUGUCUGAAACUUGGAGGGUGGGGUGCUACUACUGCAUGACCUCCAUUCAGUUCAAUGGGGCUUGCAUGGGAGUUUGCCUGCAUCACAUUAGGAUCAAGAGGUGUUGUGGAGUGGAUGGUUUUCAAUUUCUGUAGUGCCUAAUACAAUAUAAAAGUUGUCAGAACACACAUAUACACACACAGAGUAAAUGUUUCUCUGUUUUUUCUGUUACCGGGAGGGUUCUGUAUUUCGUUUCAUAUUUGUCAGAUCAGGUGCAGAGUUCAUUGGUGCCUCGAUGACCGCCAGAAAAUGUUCAGUUAAAGAUGAAGGAAGGCAGUAAAGUGUGUGUGAAGCUCUCUUGUGCUUCAGACCAGGAGUGGUCAGUGGGGUGGCCUGCUUCGGGCAGGACCUCCCAUUGAUGGCUGUUGACCAUCCAAAAUGACCAUUGACUACCCUGGCUGGAGGUGACAGGAGUUUAAGAAGCACCUGGAGAGAAUCACGUUGGCUCCCCUUAGUCCAUAUGAACCAUCAGUAUUAUGGUGAUCUGAGCAUUUAGCAGCACCUAAAUUUAGAGGUGUUUGAGAGCUGGUAACUAGCCUGGAAGAGUUCAGUGAUCAUUGUCCUAGUGGAGAGAAGCAGGCAUCCUUUUAAUGCCAAGCAAGCUUCUCUAUGAGUAGAGAAAAGAGGCAGGGAACCUGCUUAAAGCCAUCAAAUUGUCCCUUUGAGGUAGGACUUCUGAGGAUACUUUAACUCUUUCUAGUUCUGUAUGCAUUCCUGUUUCUACUCCUUGGAACGUAAAGCUUUCUGAGUUGCACACUAUAAUACAGUGCAAUCGUCUGACUUUUCAUACUUCAUUCCAGUUCGCUAAGCUUACUGUUAAGGGCACAUAUCAUGAAAGUACAUACAAUGAUGGUUCAGAAAUGACUGUAGAACUGGGCCAUUUCCCCAAAAGGUGAAGGUUUUGUGCAUUUUUAGCCUAAUGGUUCUUGCUGAGAUGAGAGACUGCUUUAUGUUUUAAAAUAUAUGCACUUAUCCUUUUCUUAAAACUACAACAACAAACAACCCUUGGCUUUAGGCUCCACUUUCAAGAUCUUGAACAGAAUGUUUUCAUACUAUAUGACAAAAUAGUGUGUUUCCACUUAAUACUGUUUACAAAUGUUAUCUUCUCUUACUAUUUUUGAUACAGAUAAUAUUGUUUGUAAGCUAUAAACUUUCUCGAGUCUUUGGGCAAAGUUUCUGCGGGGAAAAAACAUGAAUGGGAAUAUAUAGGAAUGCCAGCGCUGUAUGCUGCUGUUAUUGUAAUAAAAUUAUCCAAAUGAUUUUUUCAAA